ACAAUCACUGUAAAUAUUGAUCAGUUUCCUGAUAUUUUAACCUUUUUAACAAUCAGACUAAAUAUUCUCCUGUAAACAUUAUUGAUCAAAUAUUUCUUAUUGAUUUCUUCCACAGCACAAAUAAACAUUAUAAAAUGUGUUUAUAUUUAAUAUAUUUUCUUUGAGGCCUUAAAACAAGAAUCAGUGCAUUAUUAUUGGAUGUUUCCAUUGAUGAUCAAUCAACAUUAUAUUGACCAUCAGGAUUUAAAAUGUGAACCAGUUCUAACUUCAAUGUCUUUAUCUCAAUGAAACGAGUCUUUAUUCUCUUAAAGCAACAGGAAGUGAGCCAUAUAUGGUAAUCAUCACCUGACUUAUUAGAAUUAGCACAUUAUUAUUUAUUAAUAUUUAUUAUUCAUAUUUAUUAUUCAUAUUGUUUUCAGUUGCUCUCAGUGAACUCCACAGAAACAUAAAUAUACACAUAAAGCAGCAAUGAACAACAACAUAGAGAGUGUGUGUGUGUGUGUGUGUGUGUGUGUGUGUGUGUGUGUGUGUGUGUGUGUGUGUGUGUGUGUGUGUGUGUGUGUGUGUGUGUGUGUGUGUGUGUGUGUGUGUGAGGUUAAAAGUCCAGCUGACUCUCUCGCUUCCUUCCUGGUAUCCAUGGCAACAGUGUCAUUAAAAACAUGUCAAUAAUUAAUGUGGACUUUUGAGUCGUGUGUGUGUGUGAGGAGAAAUGACACAACACACACACACACACACACACACACACAGUCAUUCAUAUAAUAACAGAGAGAGAGAGAGUUCGUGGUAAAGCGAGGCAGAGCUGCACAGACUUUGUUCCCGGCUGCAGGAAGUCGCCGCCGUCGGGACGCCGCAGACGAGUCGAGGAGCUUCACAGCGGUGAGUGAGUACGAACUGGGAGAACUGGGAGAACUGGGAGAACUGGGAGAACUGGGACGGGUUCAAACACACGAGAGCGAAGACACAAUGACUCAGGGAGCAGGAGGCCCCGCCUUGUCCCUCACUGAUCAAUAAUAUUAUGGAUUAUUGAUUCCCAUCAAUACAGUUCUUUAGGUUGUACCCUGGAGCUAUAGAGUGUGUACAGUUCAAUGUCAUUAUGUGUCAAUGUAACAAUAAUAAUAAUAUUUAUUAAUAAUAAACAACAACAAUAAUAAAGUUUGAAGAUUUCACUUUAAGUUCCCGCAGGUUGAAACGAUGCAUUCAAUGUCUCAUCAGGCGGUCAGGACGUUGGAGUUCUCUGACUGCAGCUGCUAACACACAGAAUCUCUGUGUAGCUCCUCCCACUGCAGACAUACAUCAUGACGUCUUCAUCACCACCUCCAUCCUCCUCCUCAUCAUCAUCAUCUACCUCAGGCACAGCAGAGACUCAGCUCCUCCCCUCUUCGUCGCCUCCUCUUCCUCUCCCUCUGCGCAGUCUGCAGAGUCCCGAGCUGCAGGCGGAGUUCCUGCGAGAACGCAGGAACAAGUUACGCUCUCGCAGUGACGUCGCUGGAUCCAGUGUCUCCUCCCCUCCGUUCUCCCCUCCUUUCUCCCCUCCUUUCUCCCCCUCCUCUCCCCCGCCCUCCCCCUUCAGCCCCACCCCGCUCUCCUCCCCCUGCAGCUCCUCGUCCUCCACGCCGUCUCCCCGCAGCGACAGCAGACAGGCCCGUCUGUCUCUGUCCCUGUCCAGCCCCGAGCUCCUGUCAGAGCUGAAAGACUCCAGGACAAAACCCCUCCGACAUGUCCCCGCACACAACGGACUGACCACCGUCUUCUCUGGACGAGGAGGAGGAGGAGGAGGAGGAAGAGGAGGAGGACGGGCCUCUGGCCCCGCCCCCUCCACACAAGCAGCCAAUCAGAAGCCUUCACACUGAAUCUAUCAGCAGCACCUGAACCAGUACCAGACUACUGGACCCGGAUCCACCGCGGACUCUGCUGCUCUACAACUAGACUUUAAUCAACUUGUUGGAGUUUAAUAAUAAAGAUGAACUGAUUCCAGGUUUCCCACAGCGGCUGUUGUUCUGAUGUAGUUAACAACACAAAACAUCAGCAGAUAAACACACUGAUCCGUUCUUCUGAAGCAAAUCUCAGAACAUUGAGUCGGAUAUCUCACCACCAGUCGUCUUCGUAGGGUUCCCUCAGUGCUGUUUGACCUUCAGUAUUUAAAUGUGAUUAGUAAAUGAUAUUGAUCAUAUUCGUUAUGGAUCGAGCUCGAAGGCGUCAGUUACUAAAGUUUUUCUUUCUUUCUCGCCAAUUGAAGCAUUUAAAACUUUACUCUGAGCGUCUUUCUGAAAAACUGUAAAACUGACAAUAAAAGACUUUAAACUCUAAAUAAAAGUAAUCGAGUAUUUCCAGUUUCCUCCACGAUUACAAAAAUUGAUCAAAGGAUCAAAGGAUGUGAUUGAUUGUUGAUUUCAGUCAGCAGGAGACAACAAAAGUAAUGUAACUAACAAUUCUAGUUACUGUAGAAAGUAAUAUUAUUAUUAGUUACCAUGGUUACAACUGUGUGCUGCUGUUACAAAGGAAAAGAAUCAAUAAACAUUGAGUUGGCAGAUGA